AUUUCGAUGGUUUCAGUUCAUGCCGUUGAAAAUGUAGACCGCAAACAAUCUCACGAGAGAAAAGUGUCAAGUGAAAGUGGAAAUGCAUGAGGCCUUGGUUCUGCUUAUCCUGAUAGAGGAGGGUUUUGCAUUGGCACAGAAAACCCAAGUAGCUUUGGCUCAGAAUGUGGCUGUUGAGGAUAAGAAACCAGCUCACUGUGGAACUUUGGUCCCGACAGAAAAUGGAGGAACGUUCAGUUCUCCAAACUACCCCAAUUCAUACCCACCAAACAAGGAGUGUGUGUACAUACUGGAAGCCCAUCCGCGGAAGAGAAUUCAGCUCGUCUUCGAUGACAUCUACCACAUCGAGCCGUCUUUUGAGUGCCGCUUUGAUAACAUUGAAAUACGGGAUGGGCCGUUCAUUUUCUCUCCGCUGAUUAAUCGGUUCUGUGGGGAUAAGAGUCCAGGAAUUGUCACCUCCUCCGGACGCUUUUUGUGGAUCAAGUUUACCAGCGAUGAGGAACUGGAGGAACUUGGUUUCAAGGUGGAGUACUCAUACACUGCAGAUCCCGAUUUUCAUCUCCAUGUCGGAGGACUGUUGAAUCCUAUACCAGACUGCCAGUUUGAAAUGUCUGGAGCAGAUGGUGUAAUCAGAUCAAGUCAGGUUGAGGAGGAAAAUAAAGUGAAAGCAGGGGAAGCAGUGGAUUGUAUUUGGACCAUAAGAGCUCCACCGAUGUCUAAGAUCUAUCUCCGCUUUCUGGACUAUCAGCUGGAGAACUCAAACGAGUGUAAGAAAAACUUUGUUGCUAUUUAUGAAGGCAGCAAUGCCAUUGAAGAUCUGAAGGCCAAGUUUUGCAGCACUGUUGCUAAUGACAUCACUCUUGACAACAUGGUGGCUGUGGUCCGAAUGUGGGCUGAUGAGACCAGCAAACUGAGCCGAUUCCGCUUGCUGUUUACAGUCUUUACCGAACCUCCGUGCUCUCCCAACGCAUAUUUCUGUCACAGCAACAUGUGCAUCAACAACAGCCUGGUCUGUAAUGGGGUACAGAACUGUGUGUUUCCCUGGGAUGAAAACAACUGCAGAGAAAAGAAGCCUAAAACUUUUUUCCAUCAGAUGAGUAAAACUCAUGGCACAGUGAUUGGGGUGUCCACUGGUGUGGUCUGCCUUCUUCUCAUCAUAUCUAUAUUUAUACAGAUGAAGCAGCCCAGAAAAAAGAUCUUGUGUCGUAAAGGUUUGUUCAGUGCAGCGGAGAUGCAGGAGGUUCUGGAUCCUCCUGAGUACGAGAUGUUCUCCAUGCAGGAUGCCAAUAUGCCAGAGGAGCUGUUGGAGGAGGAGCUGGAGGGCCUGCAGAAACUCCACCGCUCUGCCAGCAUGUCCCGCUGCAUCCGCGAGCAUCAUUGCGGCGCUCACAACAGCACCACCAUCCUGAUGACCAGAACGAAUCCUCUAUCUGAGGAGCUGAGCACGGCGGUCGGGGCUCGCAGCUGGGGCAGCUUCCACGGCCGGCGGAGCAGCUCUCGCUCACACCACCCGCACACACACGCUUACAGCGCACAGAGUCUGAGAGAGGCACUGGAGGAGGAUGAGCUGAGCCUGGAGGGACAGGUGAUGGAGGAGAUCGGGUACAAUGAAGUUUUUGGCCGAGGACGCAGUGUUGUGACGGUACGUAACCAUACAAACCCUGUGCAGCAGCGGUCCCUCUCUAUGGACUUCUGAGAGGAG